GGUGGGGACGCAGCGACGCACAGAGGACGUAGAGGAGACGUGCCGGGAGGAGAUUACCCAUGGUGCAGCGCGGCUCAUCUCGCGCCUUUGCUCGGAGCAGUCCAUCUUGCCUCUCGCUCGUGAGCGCUGUAGCAGCCUCCUCCAGCGCGGUGGUGUUGUUGUAGUAAAUAAUGGCGGCAUCGGGAGGUGGACUCUCUCCCCCGGCUAAUGUAGCGGGCCUAAACAUCCAGACUAUGGCCAAGGCUCGCUUUCCGGGGCGGCCUAGCGCGGCUCGCAGCAGGCUGCGGGCGGAGAAACGCACCAAACGCGGACGGCUGGGCUCAGACGACGGGGAGCAGGCUGUGGCUGGGCCGAGGCCCGUAAACAUCGGGCUGGCGUUUAGCGAGGAUCCGUGCCUCCUGCGCCUGCUCGGGGUCACCGAGAAGCACGGACGGCAGAAAGAUGCAGGCUUCAUCUCCAGCAACAGUGAAGGGGAAGAAGAUUUCAGUGGAUUUGGUACCACAACCUUCCCCCAUUCACCUUUACGUCAAUCACAAUCCCCACAAUCUGCAGACAUUUCUCCGGGAUCAAAACCUAUUCUUGGAAAAAUUGUACAGAAAACCUCCAAACCUGCUGUUGUUGGUAAAAUUGUGCCCAGGUCACGUAAAGACAGUGGUACAGAAGCAAUCAAACAGGAAGUUGGAUUGGACUCAGGUAGCAGCACAAAGUCAGCAGCAUCUAUAAGGAACUCCGGUAAUAUGCAAAACCAAAUGGCUAUUACCUCAACUGGAAGGAAACCGAAAAUAAUCCCAGGUGUGAGGCGUAAAGACCAGUACUCCAAGUUUAAGGAAAGCGAUGAGACGACUGAUGAGGAGACUGACACAGACCAGCAGAGCCCUGAUGCCAGAAAGAGAGGAGUUUUGCCUAUUCACAAACGAAAGGGGAGGAGAGAGUGUAAAGAUUUGGGUGCAGAAGAUGAUAAACAUGAGGGAGAGAAGGACGUGAAAGGACCUCAUCAUUUGGCUUUGUUAAAACGAAAGAAGUCCAGAUCCAAAAUGUUUUCAAGACCCCCAAAACGAGUGCAGAAAGCAACAAGUGCUCCAGUAGAGCGUAGGCCGCGUCCGAAAAACAAGUUUUUUACAUAUGAACUGGUGCCCAUUAAAACGGACAGCACGCCACAGCUAAACCCAGGACAGGCAGAAGCUAGCUCUAACAGUUCAACCUCUCUGACUGCAAGUGGUAGGUCUUCACGCAUUAUCAAAAUCCCUAAAAGGUUUUUGGAAGAAGAAAUAACACCAACACGAAAGAGGGCUUACAAAAUUGAUACAAAAUUAGGAUUUGAGGAAAAUGUUAUGCCAGAAUUCAGCAAUUCACAGUCUGGAUUAGAGUGUCCAUCUUCUCAUGUGAAAUCGCCAGCUAAACAAAGUACGGGAAGCAGUCAGGACAUUUACAAAAAUCUGAAAAAGUUGACGUUAAAACUGGCUGAAAGAAAGAAAAGUGUGUCUGAAACGGAGGGGGAAUCUUUUGCUGAUGGUGAGGGUUCAACUAAAAAGAAAAGGAAGAGAAGGUCCAAGAUUAAAAUGGAGGAGAUGGACAGUCCUGGAGCCAUAAGGAAACUGGCUGUGUCAGUCGAUGCGAGUGUGGGAGGAGCCACCGGUGAGGUGAUGGUUAAAGAAGAAGUACCAGCCAUGGAAGGUGAGGUUACAGUGGCCCAUACCAUAGAGGGGACAGAGGUGAGUGGGGUAGGCCAUAGAUUCGGACUCAGUGGUGCCAACAAGAGGAUGCUCCAGAGGAUGCUCAGGAAAGCCAAAGUCCAACUCAUCAAAAUCGACCAACAGAAGCAGCUCAAAAUUACACAGGAGUCAUUGAUGGCGGCGGGUGGAAGAAGGCGGAGAAGAAAACAUGGCCCCCACUCUAAAGAAUAUGGCCCUCAGGAGCAGCCCCUGGCUGGUCCAAGGAUCAAGCACGUGUGUCGAGCAGCAGCUGUGGCUUUGGGACAGCCCCGUGCGAUGGUCCCAGACGACAUCCCUCGACUGAGUGCUCUGCCGCUGCAUGAGAGGGAGGGCAUCUCUUUCACCCCCACAACGGAAGGUGCUGUGGAGGACGAUGAUGAGCUGUCGGACCCAGACACCGCUCAGUGGGUUCCCGCUCAGGAACACAUCCCACUGAAGAGGAGGGGCAAGAAGAAGAAGUUUAAGAGAAAGGUUCAGCCCCAGUACAUUCCAGGUGGCAGUCGAUCACGGCGCUGCGGGGAGUGUGACGGCUGCCUGGUCGAGACAGACUGUGCCAAGUGCGCCAUGUGCCUCGACAAGCCCAAGUUUGGAGGAUUCAACAUCAAGAAGCAGUGCUGCAUAUACAGAAGAUGUGAUCGCAUUGAAAAGGCUAAACUUGCACGUAUUCUCAAACCAUACAAAAUUAAGUCAAAAGAAUAUGUGGCUAGAGUUGCUUGUUCAUUGGUGUCGGGUGAAGACAAAAAGAAAUCUCUGCGAAACGUGAAGCGGCGUUCAUUCAGCAGCCUCCUCUCAGAUGAGGACGACCCUGGGAACGAGGAGAACAAAUGCAAGGCCACAAACAAGACCAGGAAUCAAGGAUGGCAGUCCCCUCCUUCACAGGAUCAACCAGAGAAAAGCGUUGAAGAGAUGGAGAGCAGUUUACCACAACCAGACCAGAGCCCACCCAGGAGUCCCAUGCUGAAACUUCAAAUACACUUGCACCGAUUGCCUGACUCUAUCCUGCAAGCCACCACUCAGGCAAACCCCAAAUUUUCAUCGCCUCUAACAAAAUCUCCUAACCCUCCUUCUCCCCAACGCUUAUGUGCUCACAUAAUUGUUUUCCUACCUCUCCAAAAUGCAAGGACCAAAAAAACUUGGAAUGUGAAAGACAAUUUUCCGAACACUGCUGCACCUGCCCCAUCUCAUACUAUUGAAGUGGACAUUGAAACAUCAAAUGGGACACAAAUGGAUCCAAUGGACAAUCACGUGGAUGGACCUGAAGAAGACGAAGACAUUUUUUUAGGACAGACGACAGUUGUGAGACACUGUCACAACACUGACACACACUAUUUCCUUCAUCCCCAGAAUCCUUUGGAGUAUGCCUCCUUGAACGGGUCGGGGUUAACUAACGGAUUUUCCCUAAAGGCCCCGUUGCAGACCAAGCACAAGAUUCGAGUGGACUUCAAGGAGGACUGUGCUCUGGAGAAUGUCUGGCUGAUGGGGGGCCUCAGCGUCCUGGCCUCUCUCCCAAACACACCUCAACCAGUCUGCCUGCUCUGUGCCAGUCAAGGACAACACGAGAUGCUUUACUGCCAGAUCUGCUGUGAGCCUUUCCACAGUUUUUGUUUAUUACCCGAAGAGCGCCCCCAGGAGGAGAACAAGGAGAAUUGGUGCUGUCGACGCUGCAAGUUUUGUCACGUAUGCGGACGCAAAAGCAAAUCCUCAAAGCCUGUUUUGCAGUGCAGGCGAUGCCAAACCUCAUACCAUCCUUCAUGUUUAGGACCAACUUACCCCAAACCUUUGAACUGCGAUGUGCCCUGGGUGUGCAUGACAUGUAUUAGAUGUCAAAGUUGUGGUGUGACCCGAGGGAAGACAUGGGACUUGGCCUGGAACCAAAAACAGGAUCUCUGUCCUGACUGCACUGCGUUGUAUGAGAAAGGAAACUUUUGCACCAUCUGCCAAAAAUGUUAUGAAGACAACAGCCAACACGAACAGAUUCAGUGUUCAAAGUGCAACCGCUGGAUUCAUGCAAAAUGUGAAGGGAUUUCAGAGGAGCUGUUUGAGCUGUUUUCGAGCCUCGCAGAGGAGAUGCCAUUUACCUGUUCGCCUUGCAAUGCACCUGAGGGUAGCAACCUGAAGGGGGCGCUCCAGAGUAGGCUCACAGCUCAGCUCCAGGAAGUACUCACAGACCUCCUGUCCUCUAGCACCACCCAGCAUCUCCUAAUCUGUAAACGAUGCUAUGAAUCCCAACCUCCAGAAUACAGCAGGGGCCAUUCAGUCUGUGAUCUUCAAGCUGUGGAGAAGAAAUUCAAAUCAGCUCUUUAUGACUCAGUUAAAACUUUCCAUGCCGAUGUGGCUUCUGUUUUGAGGAAGUGGCAAAAGGAGGAAGAGAUUCUGCCCGAGGAUCAAAGACGAACCAACUCAGCCAAAGAUCAUUAUGUCAAACUGAUGGAACGGAUAUUCGUUUGGUUUCCUCAUAGUCAUUUAAAAAAUUGGACCCCAUUUUCUGAAGAAUUCCCGAGUGGUAUGCUGCCAGAGGCCGUCCUCCCACCGUCCAAAGAGCACAGUUAUGCUCAGUGGAUGGAGAGGUCCUACCAGCAGAGGGCACCACUCUCAAACCUGUCCACCCUGGCUCUUCAAACACGAGGUUUCGUCCACGACCAUGAGUACAAUAAGACAAAAGAUGGGAGGCAAUGUAUGCUGUGUCAACAAAGCGGCGAUGCAUCUCCAAGUGACCAAGGCCGGCUGUUGUACAUGGGACAGAAUGAGUGGGCUCAUAUAAACUGCUGCCUGUGGUCUGCAGAGGUGUAUGAGGACAAUGGAGCUCUGUUGCAAGUCCAUAGUGCUGUCUCCAGGGGGCGCCACUUGAGGUGUGAUCGUUGUGGUCAGUCUGGAGCAACAGUGGGCUGCUGUCUUAUGUCCUGCCAAAGUAACUUCCACUUCAUGUGUGCUCGAAUCGAGAACUGCAUCUUUCAGCACGACCGCAAAGUCUACUGCAACAGACACAGGGAGCUCAUCAGCGACAAGGUGGUGGAGGAGUUUGAAGUGCCUCGUAGAGUUUAUGUAGACUUUCACGGGAUUAAUCUUAAAAGAAAGUUUCUGACUGGCCUCGAACCAGAGUCCAUCAACAUGUCAAUUGGUUCACUUCAGAUCCACAAACUUGGCAUUUUAACAGAGCUCUCAUCAAAUGGAAGAGCAUUGUACCCUGUUGGAUAUCAAUGUUCUCGGUUGUAUUGGAGCACAGUGGACCCACGGAGGCGCUGUAAGUACACAUGUAAAGUCACUGAGGUCAGCACCCCUCUCCCUGGUGAAGAACAAGACACAAAGUUCGACCAAGGAGAAAACCACACCAUCAUCCACAGCCCCAGCCACCACAGAGAUUUGGAGUCCAUGGAGUGUGAAAGCUAUCCAGUUAGUCCUCUCAAGUCUAAUACACCCUCCCCUAAAAUGCAUAAUACAUCCGGAUCUAAGAGUCCGAUAUACCCACAUGCACGGAGACCAGCCGGGGGGUCUUCCAGGCCUCUGCCAUUUCCAGGGACUGCACCACCCAAACCUCAUCACAUUGUAACACUUCGGGACCUGGAGGACACUCGUCGUACCCGCCGCCUCUCGUCCCGGAGUCGCUGUAGCUCCUCCCCCUCAGACACUGACCUCUCUGCCCCUGUGACCCAUCGAUCCGGGGGUACUAGAACCUCCCUCUUCAGCUCCCCUCCCCGCUCAGCUGUCAUUGGCCCCCUCUCACCUCCACUGUCCCGCCAAAACUCUACCUCACCGGUAUGGGGCUCUCCGACUACAUCUGGUUUCUCACCUCAUCGUGGGUCCCUCAAUAACUCUCCAAAAGGAAGGCAUAGCUUUAAAAUCACUACUCCAGUUUCGGCAGAAGUCCCGCAAGACUUUCUGGCUUCAUCGGAGGCAGAAGACGCAGCGGUCGCAACUACAAAUGGGAUAUCACUUGCCCCUGAUAAUUUAGUAGAGGAAGUUGCACAGUUAAUGUCCCAAGAACUGCCCUAUACAGUAUUUGAUACAGAUGUAGCAGUUGACUCGAUGCUAAAUGCUAAGCUCGAAUUUGAUGACAACUUACUGUCAGAAAAUAUGGCAUUUAGCUGUCAAACCAACAAAGGGGAAAGUGAGGAUUCCAGUUUUGACAAAACCAAGCAGGAAAAUGAAGCAGAGGACGAGGAUUCAAAGCAUUACAUAAAGUUCUCUCGAACUGUUGUUGAUGUGCCCUCCAGCUCAGAUACCCCUAAUCUUAACCCAGCUCAGUCUAUCAUGCAACUAGAUGGGGCAGAUGGAGAGUCUGACAGUGAUGAUAGUGAAAUUAUGGACAAAGAGACCCAAUCUGCAGCUAUUAAACAAUUGGAGUCAAUCUACAGUGGAUCGCAAAGUACAAGCAACCAGCAACCCCUCAUGCCAUCUUCUGUUUUGGAUAACAAUGUCCUCCUCGAUGCAGAAACGGGACAUUUCACAUCUACAUCAGUUGUUCUCCCAAAAAACAAUGCAGAUGACGAUGAUAAUAGUAGUAGCUCAUCAGACGAAUCUGUUGAAGGAUUUAAAGACGAUUUGAAAGAUCCUGAUUACGCCCCAGAACUUCCUUCCCCUAAAAAACUUCAACCUCCAGUGAAACCUAUCACAGUAAAGCAGGCUACACCCACACCCCCUCCCAGAAAGAUCAAUCUAGUUAUGUCCCAACCGCACAAAGUCCGACUGGUAUUGCCUUCUCCAACUGUUGGAAGUUCUCCUGGAGUAGCCAAAGUGGCUACAAUCGGCACUGUCCCGCGGACUGUCACAUCACCAAUUGUUAUAAAUGGACUCAAUGCUUUACCUGUUCAACCUGGUGCACCUCGUGGAAGGUCUAUCGCUAUUCGUUUAAACAAUACAAAACCAGUAGGUCAACAACAAAGCACUACUAAUCAGGCAGCUAUGGCAAAUGCUGCUAACACUAAUGCUACCACAGCCGCUCCUCAGGUUUUAUUAGUGAACAGACAAGGGCAAAUUCUUAUAAAAGACCCAAGAACUAAUACUUAUCAAGCAGUUAGCACAAAUUCUCCAGCGUACAACAAGAUAAGCCAGAUUGCAAAGCUUCUUCAUAGUGGGAAUCCUUUACAACGUAAUCUCCCACGUGUUGUAAUAAGGCCCCAGACUGCCACGGCAAUGCCCCCCACUACUUCAGAAACUAGCACCUCUAAUCAAGCUAUUGCAGCUAGCAUAACUACCCCUACAACACCGGUUAGCUCUGUUGCCACUAUUAGCUUACCGCCUACACCUGUACCAUUGAGUACAACAAGCCCAGCAACAAUAGCCAUUCCUGCAGCCAUCACUGUCCCAUCAGCUGUUGACAGCAAUACUCCAGUAACCCAAAAAAGGAUAGUUUUCCGAAUGUUAAAAACGGCCCCAUCUUCGUCUCCAGCCACUCCUGGUACUAUUAAAACUUCUGAACUCCCACAGCCUCCUGAAGAAGAGGACACUGCCCAAGACAUCAUUGAAAAGGCAAUGGCAACACAUCGUGAAGUGGAAAGGACAAAACCUAUUAUUAUACGAAAAGGGGGACGCAAACCUAAGUCUAAACCAGAUCCGCUGGUUCAGACCAUGCCCCUUGCUUUAAUGUCUGAACUAGACCAAAAUACCCUCCUCAGUGAUCCCAGCGCCAUCCCACAAACCUCAUCACGCGCCCAGGUUCGAAUCAAGAGGGUCUCAUCUUUAUCUGAACGCCCAAACAGGAAGAAAUCCAAGCUGGACUAUCUAGUAGAUGCAAGUGAACCAGAAGAAGCUAUUGACAGUAAAUCCAGCGGUGUUCGGAUGAAGGCUCCAUCAUUGAAGGAUGUUCUAGAUCUGGAUGAAGAACAUAAACUGGAACACGACCCACUUAGGAUCGUUGCACCACCAGCUCCUAAGCCCAGCAGAUAUCCCAGAGCUGACGUGGUACCAGGCGACUGUGAUGACGACAGUAAAACGCACAAGUGGGUGAGCUCUCGACACGGAGACCUCACAGACUGGGGCCCUUAUUCAGGAGUCAGUUCAGAAGAUGAGCCACCCACCCUCAAAUUCAGAAAGAAGACGUGUAUGAACCAACCACAUCUGAGAUUUGAAAUCACCAGCGACGAUGGCUUCAGUGUUAAAGCCAAUAGUAUAGAAGUGGCGUGGCGGGCAGUGAUUGACGGCGUGUUGGAGGCUCGUGCAGACUUCCACCUGAAACAGUUGCCUCUGGGUGGGAUGAAUGGGCCGCGGGUGCUGGGUCUCCUCCAUGAUGCGGUGCUUUUCCUCCUAGAGCAGCUACAGGGAGCGGCCGACUGCAAACAGCACCGCUUCAGGUUUCACCGCUGUGAGAACCAGGAAGAGGAACUGCCCCUCAACCCCAGCGGCUGCGCCCGAGCCGAAGUCUGCACACGGAAAGCGACCUUUGAUAUGUUUAACUUCCUGGCAUCGCAGCAUAGAGCCCUCCCUGAGAUCACUGGUCCCUUUGAGGAAGAAGAUGAUGAUUUUCCUCUGAAAUCUUCUAGACGAUUCACCAGCACUGAGCUCCCUAUGGCUAUGAGGUUCAGACAUCUGGAGAAAAUUUCCAAAGAGGCAGUUGGAGUUUACAGAUCUGCAAUCCAUGGAAGAGGCCUUUUCUGUAAACGAAACAUUGAGGCUGGUGAAAUGGUGAUCGAAUAUGCUGGAGCAGUUAUUCGAGCUGUACUCACUGACAAAAGGGAGAAAUACUAUGACAGCAAGGGCAUUGGAUGCUACAUGUUCCGCAUUGAUGACUUUGAUGUGGUUGACGCGACGAUGCAGGGGAACGCAGCUCGCUUCAUAAACCACUCGUGUGAGCCCAACUGCUACUCACGGGUCAUCAACGUGGACGGACGCAAGCACAUCGUAAUAUUUGCCCUCCGAAAGAUCUACAGAGGAGAGGAGUUAACCUAUGACUACAAGUUCCCCAUUGAGGAUGAGGACAGCAAGCUGCACUGUAACUGUGGGGCCAGGAGGUGUCGCCGAUUCCUCAAUUAAGCUGACAUUUAGCCAUCAUUUCUGCACUAGAACAAGAAUGGAGGACUAAAUUAUCUUAUGUUGCUAUAAAUCUCAGUUUGACAAGGCAUGCAUUUUGGUCCACUGUACAGUGCCCAGUUUGCAAACAUGCAGUCAAACCUCAUCAGCUGUGAUGGUUUCCAUUUAUAGCCAUUUGUUUAUUUAUUUGUAUUUACAAUUCAGGUUUGAAGAGAUGGUCAACCAACAAAAUGAUGUACAACCUGGUUUACUGAAGAAAUGGCUGAAAAGGAUGUCUGAGUAUACACCAAAUUCAAACAUGGGUCUGUUUCUCCUUACUGUGAAAAUUGUCAAAUAAGAAAGCCAUGUUAUCAUAUGCAUAAUAUAUGCAUAAUAGGCAACUGAUUCAACAAUGACUGGCAUGCAACAAGGAAAUAUCCCAUUGCUGUGAUUCAAACUUAGCCACAGGAGCCAGUUAUUGUAUUUAUCUGUAGAUUUAUAAAAAAGUUUAAUACUAAAACAAUGUCCUUCACAAGGCUGGAAUAAUCCAAUCCAAAAAUUUUCUUUUUUUUUUUUUUUUAUUAAACUUCGAAAAGCAAGUCAUACCAGCUAAAAUAAGUGCAGUAUAUUCUCAAAUUGCACUGCAGAAAGACGUAUAAUAAAGACUUCACAAAAAUAACAAAAUGAAUGGGAAUAUAUUGGAAAGUUGAAUUCACAUAAACAACUCAUUGACACCACUUUGUAGAGCAGCUACAUUUUAUUAUCACCACCACAUACAAUGGUGAUUUCAGUCUUAUCCUGUUCAUAGUUUUAAAAAGGUGCAUUUUUCAAGAAAAGUAGAAAUAGUUUUAACCAGUCGAAUCCUGUUUUCCCGCAUUAGUUAAAAGUUCAUUGUUUUUAUUUGUGUGUCUUGCUUUUAUUCCACUAUCACAGUUUGUUGAUAACUUUUGCUGUUUGUGUAUUUAAAGGUCUAUGAGGGACAGAGCCUCAGGGCAGGAUUCAAAAAUAUGUAUAAUGUAAAUGCCACAGUCCCAUGUUUUUGUAUUUUUGUAUAUUAUGAACAAUAAAUGUAAAAUCAACACAAUUUGAAGGAAAUAAAUGAGUUGAGCUUU